AAAUCGACAUAGUCGGUAGCACGGCGGCAGAUCCAAAGAGAACGAGCCAUCUUCUACCUACUUUGGCACAUAUCUUUGCGUUCUGCUUGGCGCGCAGAUCCCUGGUCCGCAACUUCACAGCCCGGCUAUCCGCACAACCGAUAAGCGACCAUGAGUAAUUCCACCACAGAAGCGAUUGAGCCAUACCGAAUUGCGGUAUCGGACGACAAGCUCGAGUUGCUUAAGACAAAGCUCGCACAGACAACAUUUCCCAAAGAGACGGAUUUUACAAAUAACUGGGCUUAUGGCACGCCUCUCGACGACAUAAAACGGCUCACCCGGACUUGGGAGAAGGACUUCGAUUGGCGUCGCGUCGAAGCCGAACUUAACGAUACACUACCCCAAUUUACUACAAAGAUCGGUGUUACCGGGCACGAAUAUGAUUUAAAGAUUCAUUUCGUGCAUAAGCGUAGCGAGAGGGCGGAUGCUAUUCCGUUGUUGUUUGUUCAUGGGUGGCCCGGAAGUUUUCUGGAGGUAUCUAAAAUCCUUCCGCUUUUAACGGCAGGUGGUGAGGAUAAGGACGAGGAACCGGCGUUCCAUGUCGUCGCACCGUCGUUGCCGAAUUUCGGGUUCUCGCAGGGGACUUCAAAGCCCGGGUUUGCGACACCGCAGUAUGCGGAGGUGUGCCAUAAACUGAUGUUACGACUGGGCUACGAACGCUACGCGACACAAGGCGGCGAUUGGGGGUUCCCUAUCACCCGAAUCAUAGGGUCGCGGUACCCAGCACACGUACUCGGAUCGCAUGUAAAUUUCAUCCUCGCGCAACCCCCGAGCGUGCUGAAAGCGCCGGGUUUAUGUCUCCAGUACGCGCUGGGAUGGUACUCAGCGCAUGAGAAGGCGGGACUUGCACGCACGGCGUCGUUUCGCGGCGAGGGCCAGGGGUACGCGCGGAUCCAAGGGAGUAAGCCGCACACGCUGGGCUUCGGGUUAGCUGAUAGCCCAGUCGCGCUACUAGCUUGGGUGUAUGAGAAGCUGCGCGAUUGGACGGAUGACUAUCCAUGGACUGAUGAGGAAGUCUUGACUUGGGUUAGUGUGUAUGCGUUUAGCGUGGCUGGGGCGGAUGCGAGUAGUAGGAUUUAUUAUGAAGAGACGCAUCGUGGUGCGAGUGGUGCCGACAUGGGAGAGGCUGUUAGAUGGAAUGGAGGGGUUCCGUUGGGAAUUUCGUAUUUUCCUAAGGAUGUAGUUGUGCUGCCAAGUUCGUGGGGGAGAACCUUGGGACCAGUAGUAUACGAGAAGCGACAUGAGGAAGGAGGUCAUUUCGCCGCAUUUGAGAAGCCAGAAUUGCUUGUUAGUGAUGUCAGGAAGAUGUUCGGGAAGAAGAGUGGGAUUGGGGCGAAAUUGGCUCUUUGAGUUAGUUGAUAUUUCAAGGAAUUGUGUCAGCUUCAUCUGACAUCCGCCAAGUUGGCCACCAUAUCG